GGUUGAACCCCAGCCGAUUUCGAAUAGGUGACCAAGAGUUUGAUUCUUUGCCAUCUUUACUGGAAUUCUACAAAAUACACUAUUUGGACACUACAACCUUGAUAGAACCAGUUUCCCGAUCCAGGCAGAAUAGUGGUGUUAUCCUCAGGCAGGAGGAAGCUGAAUAUGUGCGAGCUCUCUUUGACUUUAAUGGAAAUGAUGAAGAAGAUCUUCCAUUUAAGAAAGGAGACAUACUGAAAAUCCGGGAUAAACCUGAAGAGCAAUGGUGGAAUGCAGAAGACAGCGAAGGGAAGAGGGGAAUGAUACCUGUUCCUUACGUCGAGAAGUAUAGACCUUCCUCUGCUUCACUAUCUGCUCCGAUUGGAGGUAACCAGGAUAGUUCCCACCCACAACCACUGGGUGGGCCGGAGCCAGGGCCCUAUGCCCAGCCCUGCAUCAACGCUCCGCUCCCUAACCUUCAGAAUGGCCCUAUUUAUGCCCGGGUUAUCCAGAAGCGAGUCCCUAAUGCCUACGACAAGACAGCCUUGGCUUUGGAGGUCGGUGAGCUGGUAAAGGUCACAAAGAUUAACGUGAGUGGUCAGUGGGAAGGAGAGUGUAAUGGCAGACGUGGCCACUUUCCAUUCACACAUGUCCGCUUGCUGGAUCAACAGAAUCCCGACGAGGACUUCAGCUGAGUGUGGCUCAACAGUUGCGCUUCCAGAUGGGAACAAUCUCAACUCGUUUUUAUUGCAGAUGCCAUCAAGACUAUGUUCCGACAGAUGUUGAAAGCGGUAUCGCUUGUCUAAGCAUUCUGAUAACCUGCAAACCCCUGGGACUGAACACCACCAUUCCUUAAUCAAGGGUCAUGUAAUUCAGGGUACGACAGUAGAUAACUCGUGUGUCAAGUGGCAGAACUAGUACAUGAUUAUAGGUUGUAAUGCCUGCUUCUGUCCAUGUGCACAGCAGACUGGACCUUGCCAGCAGCAGCAGUUGGAGAAGGCAGUAAUGUAGAUGUUAAGGUAACAUUUAUAGCUCUCUCCGGUCCUAUUGCUUAUGUUGCUUCUUCCUCAGGCAAUGACAUCAACCAUAGACAAUUCAAUAUAGAGAUAGAAACGUCACAAACUUAUCCUGGAGCUUUCUCCAUAUUGUUGUUUUUUCCAUCCUGAAUCCUCUGUCCUGGAAAGGCUGUGGAGUACUUUGCGUGGUCAGUUAACUGUGCGCAGUACAGAUCCACAUAGAGCCCGCUGGGGACAGCCUUAUGAUUUAUUGAUGCUCACCAUUUUAAUGGUAAAUGACAGAUCAAAUCAACCUUGGAAUUCUAGAAGUUUGUGGACACUAGAUUGAUCCCUUCAGUAUUAUUGAUGCUUCAAACAUAGCAGCUGAUUUUAAAUGAAAAUUUUCUAUUAACACACCAAUAUCUCUUUUUAUCCACAAAUAUAAAGCUUAUGGAAGUGUAAACAUCCAUAUCAGUGCUGAACCAUACGUGCGUAGCACUUUAAUGCCUAGCUUUAAAGCAGUGUUUGAGUCACUAAAUAUACUAAAACAUUGACGCUGCUUUCCAGUAAGAUUAAAUUAUAUAGGGCCAGUUCAAUUUUUCUAGAGGUCUGCAAUAACUCCUCUUGUACAAUACUCUUACAGUACAAAUCAGUGUCAAACAUGGUGAACUGACAAAGCAAAUAGUACUUUUUAUUUUAAAGUUACUCUGGGGACUCUUCUGGUUUAAUUCCCAUCUGUAACGUAUUUGAUAGUGAUUUCCCGAGGAUUUUUAUUUUUAAUAAACUAAUGGAAA